AUGCAGCAGAGCGGGAACGCCGCGAGAGAGAAUUCCCAUUCCCCCCUCCAGUGCAGCAUCAGCCGGGAGGACUGCCGUUUCCCUCCCCGUUCGAGCGUGGAUCCGACCCCGACGGACUCGAGUUUCUCGGCGCUCUCGCCCGAAGUCCCUCGUCCGAACAUGGUGGCCGAGAACCCCGGCUUCGAGAUGGAAGAAGCAGAACCAGAGACGACGGACCCCCGGAUCCGGAUCCCCUUCGACGAUGACCCUCCGGACGAACCGGACAAACGACGAGAAAAGGACCCGAACCAGAAUGAGGCAUCCCGGUCUGACGACCUCAUCUACGGCCUCGACGAAACCCCACCCUGGCAUAUUUGCUUCCUCCUGGGAAUGCAGCAUUACAUGAUGAUGGUGGGAGCGACGAUGAGCAUCCCGGUGCUGCUGAGUUCGGCGAUGUGCGUCGGGGAGUCGGACCCGGCGCGGGCGCAGCUGGCGUCCACGAUCGUCUUCACGUCCGGGGUCGUCACGGCGCUCCAGUGCACCUUCGGGGUCAGGCUGCCCAUCGUCCAGGGCGGGACGAUUUCCCUCGUCGUCCCCACUUUGGCCGUGCUGAAUCUGCCGGAGUGGAAGUGUCCGGCAGCGGAGGAUCUGAGGAACAUGACCGGGGGGGAGAGGGAGGAGGUCUGGAGGAGCCGGAUCAGGGAGGUCCAGGGGGGCAUCAUCGUCGCGUCUCUCUUCGAGGUCGUCCUCGGAUAUUGCGGCGUGAUCGGGUCGAUGAUGCGGUUGUUCUCGCCGUUGGUGGUGACCGCGGUGACGUGUCUCGUCGGCAUGGCCCUCUUCGACGUUGCCGCCAGAUACGCGGCCGCGAACUGGGGCAUCUCCACCCUGACGAUGGUCCUGGUGAUCCUGUUCUCGCAGUACCUGCGACACGCUCGGCUUCCCUGCCCGAGUUACGCGAAGGGGAAGGGAUUCCGGAUCGUCCGGCUCCAAGUCUUUCUCCUCUUUCCCAUCCUGCUGGCGAUGCUGGUGAGCUGGGCCGCAUGUUACGUGCUGACGGUCGCGAACGUGCUGGGGCCGACCGACGCGGCUCGGACGGACGCGAAGAUCGCGAUCCUGGAGCAAGCGCCGUGGAUCCGAGUCCCACUUCCCGGGCAGUGGGGGAGGCCGACGGUGGGGGUGAGCACGGUGAUGGGCUUGCUGGCCGGCAUCGCCGCUUCUGCCAUCGAGAGCAUAGGGGACUACUACGCGGCUGCCAGGCUCUCAGGCGUUCCGCCGCCCCCGAUCCACGCCAUAAACCGAGGUCUGGGCACGGAGGGGCUCGGAUCCGUCAUUGCCGGCCUCAUGGGCACGGGGAACGGCACGACCUCCUACUCCGUCAACAUCGGAGCCCUCGGCCUCACCAAGGUGGCGAGUCGACGGGUGAUCCAGGUCGCGGCACUCGCCAUGGUCUGCUUCGGGGUGUUUGGGAAAUUCGGCGCCGCGUUCGUCGCCAUCCCCGAGCCCGUGCUCGGGGGCGUCUUCUGCUGCCUCUUCAGCAUGAUCAUCGCCGUCGGGAUCUCCAACCUCCAGUUUGUGGAUUUGAAUUCCACGAGGAACUUGUUCGUGCUGGGCUUCUCCCUCUUCAUGGGGCUGGUGAUCCCAAACUGGAUGAAUAAGAACCCAGGAGCGAUUGCGACCGGGAGCGUGUCCCUCGACCAGGUUCUAUCCGUCCUCCUGUCCACGAACAUGUUCAUCGGCGGCGUCGUCGCCUUCCUGCUCGACAACACCGUCCCCGGGACGGAGAAGGAGCGGGGCCUGGACGCGUGGCAGCGCGAGCCCGACCCUGCAACCGCGCAUCUUCUCUCGGCCUAUGAUUUCCCGUUCGGCAUGGAACGCAUCAGGAGGUUCGACUUCUCGGAUUCUAUUUCCUAUUUCUUUAUGGAGGUGGACCCGCUUCAUCCCUUUCAGCCCGACGUACAAGCCGUGGAGCCUCAAGUGCAAGGCAUCCCGGGAAUGACGCACAAGGACUGGGCAAGGUGUCGCGAGGAUGACGCACAAGGACUGGGCAAGGCGGCGAUCACGAACGUGGCGCUGGCCGGGAGCAAUGCGAACCAGAUCGACUGGAGGAUCGGAAGGGCGCGGUCUUGGUGCAGUUCUGCCUCCCAUCUGCAGCAGGGGUUGUGCACCAGGAGGCUGCUCACCAAGUACGUCAUGCCCAGAUGGAUGGAGGCCAUCGAUCGCAGGAGGGACAUCACCACGGACAUCCGAUACCGUUUCCAAGAUUCGAGCAGCACCGCCGUGGCAAUUAGCAAGUAA